AUGCAUUUCCUUUUAAAUAUUUUUAAUUCAGGUGCAAGUAUUUUCCGUUGUUUAUCGACAGAUGGUUUAAUUAUUACAUGUGAUGGAAAUAUUAAAUCAUGUAGUUUAAAUAUUGAUAAUGUUUAUACAAAUAAAACACAUCAAGGAUGUUCGUCGAACAGUGAUGAUCAAUUUCGUAAACAAUUGGGAAUCCUAGAAGAAACAUCGUAUUAUCUCAACGGUAAAUCGAAUUCUAAUUCUGCGCGAGGAAAUCUUGGUCCAUUUUGGAAUCCUAAUUUUGAUCGAGCAAAAUUAGAAUUUCAAUUUCGCCCGGACAAAUUCGAAAUAUGA